AUGGAAGCACAUGAAUACACCGAUCCUGUGGUAGCGUGCCACAAGUUCGAUUUGCAGGAAAAUGAGAUGAGGCAACUGGACUUAAGCGGAAUACCAAGCAUCCUUCUGGUCAAGCAAAGUGGAAUCCUGCGGGCGGUUGGCGCUAAGUGUCCUCAUCGUGGCGCACCCCUUGCGAAGGGUGUUCUGACCAGGAAUCGGGUGCGAUGCCCUUGGCACGGAGCUUGUUUCAAUCUGGAAACAGGCGAUAUUGAGAACUUUCCAGGACUAGAUUCGCUGCCCUGUCAUCGGGUUAAUGUCGACUCCAGAGGCCAGGUGCUAGUACAAGUCAAGCGAUCUUAUUUACUAAGACACUCAAGAAUAAAACUAAUGGUAAGCCGUAACUGGCAGGACCAAAGAGGCUUUGUGGUGGUGGGAGGUGGUCCUUCAGGUGCCAUUUGUGUGGAGACGCUCCGCCAGGAGGGUUUCACUGGUCGUUUGACGCUCGUCUGCCGGGAAAAACAUCUGCCCUAUGAUCGAAUAGGGGUCAUGAACUUGUUGAAUACCUAUACCACGAACUUGUGCCUUCGGGAAGAACAGUUCUACAAGGACUACGGCAUAGAGGUGCAGUUGGGAGUUUCCGCCGAAAGGUUGGAUACGAAUUGCAACAUCCUUCACUGCACUGAUGGCAAAUCGUUUCCGUACGACAAAAUCUAUAUAGCAACAGGCUAUUCCGCAACCAGACCAAAAAUACCCGGGGUGCACUUGAAAAAUGUGAAAACCAUUCGGGAUAUUGGCGAUGCUAGGAGCAUAUUCCAAAUGGUGGACAAAUCAACGCAUGUGGUGUGCCUGGGCUCCAGUUUCAUGGCUGUGGAGGCUUCCGCCAAUCUCGUUUCCAGAGCGGGCCGCGUAACCCUGGUAGCCCGACAAAAUGUGCCUUUCAAAGCCACAUUGGGUGAGUCGAUAGGACAGCGGAUAAAGGAACUCCUGGAGGAGAAUAAGGUAGAUGUGCGCGUGAGCAGUGGGAUCAUCCGGAUCCUGGGAAACAAUCGUGGGGAGGUGACUGCAGUGAAGCUCCUGGAUAAGUCGCGAAUCCCCUGUAAUCUGCUUAUUCUUGCCACUGGUUGUCAGUGCAACACGGAGUUUCUCCAGCAGAGUGGUAUUGGCAUCAAUCCCGAUGGCUCCGUGGAUGUCAACGACUUCCUCCAGACAAGCGUACGCAAUGUGUAUGUGGGUGGGGAUAUAGCCAAUGCUUUUAUCCUUGGUGGGUUCCCAGAUCGAGCGAAUAUAAGCCACUACGGAUUGGCUCAAUACCACGGACGCAUUGCUGCAAUGAACAUGAGUGGCCACAUUGCGAAACUGGAAGCCAUUCCCUUUUUCUAUACCUCGAUCUUUGGCAGGUCCUUUCGCUCCGCAGGAUAUGGACUGUACAAGGAUGUUCUCAUCGACGGAAGUCUCGAGGAUCUGCAGUUCGUAGCCUACUUCUUGGAUCACAAAGAUACGGUCACUUCAAUGGCCUCCUGCGGUCGGGAUCCCAUAGUUGCCCAGUUUGCCGAGCUGAUAGCGCAGAGAAAACUAUUGUGUCGGUGUCAGAUCGCCGAUCCCAAGGAGCGCAAUAGCUGGCCUACUAAGUUACAGCUUAAGAACUAG